AUUCCAUCUGUCGUCUCGUCACUCUCUUGGCGUUAGCAUUAGCGUUUAUCUCAAAUACACAAGACCUUCGCGGCUUUUACCUUCUUUACACGACAGUCAGGGACAAAAGGAACAUUUGUACGGUUUUAUAUUUUCAUACCCGGAGAUAAAACCGUCGCUUCAGCCUGCGGCUCUUUGCGUCUUUUAGCCGUUAUGCACAUUGUUAACGAACCGAUGCUAACCGGGAACGUGGCUAAUGCUAACCGGCUAGCUAGCAGCUAAUCGUGUCAGAGGGCAGAAGUUGAGUCUGAGUUUGAGAAGAUUCGAUGAACUCAGAGAAGAAUGAGGAUGUUUCUCUGUGUUAAAACUCAGAAGCUGCUCAGCAGAGUCCUCAGUCCGUCAGCAACAGUGCGAUGGCGCAGACUCUCCUGCGUCUCUUCGCCCGAUGAAGAUAAGCCCCGGCCGUCCGUGCUGCGACACCUCACCACCAAAUUAAAAGCCACGGGUCCGAUUCCCGUGGCCGAGUACAUGCGGGAGGUGCUCACCAACCCCGUGACGGGAUAUUACGUGAGGAACAACAUGCUGGGACCAGACGGAGAUUUCAUCACGUCGCCAGAAAUCAGUCAGAUCUUCGGAGAGCUGCUCGGCGUGUGGAUUGUCAGCGAGUGGAUCGGAGCCGGUCGACCCAAACAGCUGCAGCUGGUCGAGCUCGGACCCGGAAAGGGAUCGUUGGCCUGCGACGUCCUCAGAGUGUUGGCUCAGCUGCGCUCGGUGCUCGGCGAUGCGUCGGCGUCGCUCCACCUGGUCGAGGUGAGUCCGGCUCUGAGUCGGCUGCAAGCCCAGAAUCUUACCGGCGACCGCAGCCAGGAGGCGAACGCCGAGGACGAGCCGGUUUACCGCCGCGGGGAGACGGCGGGCGGUCUGCCGGUGUCCUGGUACCGCCGCCUGGACGACGUCCCUGCAGGUUUCAGUGUCUUCCUCGCUCACGAGUUCUUUGACGCUCUGCCCGUCCACAAGUUUCAGAGGACGGCGAAAGGCUGGAGGGAGGUGAUGGUGGACAUCGACCCGGAGAAGCCCGGGCAGCUGAGGUUCGUCGUGGCGCCGUCUCCCACAUUGGCCUCGUCCACUUUCGUACAGGCAGGCGAAAGGCGGGAUCACGUGGAGGUGUGCCCAGAGGGCGGGGUCAUCGUCCAGCAGCUGGCCCAGCGGAUCGCGGAGGACGGCGGGGCGGCGCUGAUCGCCGACUAUGGCCACGACGGCACCAAGACGGACACGUUCAGGGGUUUCAAAGGUCACCAGCUCCAUGACGUCCUGGCCGCGCCCGGCUCUGCCGACCUCACCGCCGACGUGGACUUCAGCUACCUGCGGAGGAUGGCGGGAGGGGGUGUGGCCUGUCUAGGCCCCGUCGCCCAGCGGACGUUCCUGAAGAACAUGGGCAUCGACACGCGAAUGCAGGUUCUGCUGAGGAACUGCAGCGACGCGUCCACCAGGAAGCAGCUGAUUGGCAGCUACAACAUGUUGACCGACCCCGCCCAGAUGGGCGAGCGCUUCCUCUUCUUUGGCCUGCUGCACCGCAGCCGCCUCACCCAACCCGAGAGGGCGACGGGCCUGACGCUGGACACAAAGACGAAGAAGAGCCCGCUGCCGCCGCCCGUGGCCGGAUUCACAGAGCUCAGCUUCUCCUGAGGGUCGGAAACAAAGGUCAGAGAAAAGUCUGGAAACAACCGGAUCUUUUCUGGUUGAGUCAGAGAGGGAACAGACACUACAGGAUAUUUUUGAAAAUCCAGAUAGUGAGAUUUGAAGGAUCAUGUACACGGGACGAUGUGGUUAUUUAAAUAUGUGCAGUGUUCACACAGAUGGACGACUCAGCGUCUUUAAUUUUGAGAAACGGCAGCAUAUUCCAGUCGAGCGCGAUGCAAACUAAAAACAUAAUUUCUCUUGGAGUCAGUUGUAAAAAACAUUUUAGAAAUAAAAAUGCAAGAAAAUAAAAUUGUUUUAGGGCUGCAACUAACGAGUACUUUCAUUUUCGAUUAAUCUGUCGAUUAGUUGUUUGGUCAUAAAAACAAUGUCAUAAAACCUCAAGAGGAUGUUCUGUUUUGUCAACACAC